AGGCGAGCGCGCUAUAAGUGCCUGUUACCAGUGCAACUACACACUACAAUGCACCUUAUAUUCCUCGCGGCGGUAGCUGCUGUGACCACUGCAAUGCCAUCGUACAUCGCGGUGCCAGCCGACCAGAUCGCCUUCAUCGAUCUAACGCAAAUGCGCGCGCGCAGGGUACCACGACAAACGCUGUCGCCGCCACCGCCACCACCACUACCAAACCUAUACGAACAGGACUACCAACCUAUACCGCUGCAGCAGUUGCAACCGCUUCAACAAUUACAACCGUUACAGCAUUAUCAGCAACAAGGACUAGCCUUAGCGUCACCACCUGAAACAGAGCCAGCUAGACUGCUUCGAGUACAACAGCAGCCUCAGGACAUCGCUGGGGCAGCCACCAUGGGAGCUGAUACACACCUUGCUGAGAGGCCUCCCGACUUCGGAGAGUACGUUGAUUUUGGUGCCCACACCGGGGACCAAGGUGCGUUUGGAUGGUACGCCGACUACCCCAUUAAUAACCAUGAUGAUCAUUCUGGUUACAGAAAGUAAUGAGCCAAACUUAGCCAAUAUAUAGAUAGAUCUAAUACUAGAAAUGCACAUGACUAAAGCACUUGAUUAUAGAACAAAGUUAAGGAUUUGGAGGUAGAUAUUCCAAAUAUUACCAAAGACAGUAUUAUUUGAAAGUGAUUUUAUACCUAAUUUAGGUGUCGAGCAGAAUUACCGCACAUUUGUUCAAAACGGUUAAUUCCGCACACAUUUCACUGAAUAAAAGUUCCUCGUUAGUUAUAAGUUUCAAAAGAACACUGUGAUACGCACCAUGGUAGUAAAGUACUGAUUCCAUACAUUUCGCUACUCAACUGCUUGCCACACUAUUAUAUUCGUCAUUACAAUGUUUGUAAAAUCCUUCCUACACCUUUGCUUUUUAUUACUUAAUCAGUUUCUGUCACCUAACUAUGCUUUAGGACUAUUGUUACUUUCUCGCUUUUCUUCCUUCUGCUUCAUUCUAGCUUUUACGUAUAAUUCUUUAUAAUUUCUUCAUCUUUGACAAAUAUUGUGUUAACAACUCUACCAUGUAUAAUUUAUUGUUGUUUUUAAAUAUAAAUAUGACUGUUAUCUUCACCUUCGUUUCAUUUCAUAACUUCAUUGCUAUCACUAUGGCUUAUUUAACUAACAAUACCUGUUACUUUCACUCACUUCUCACCUUCCAAUACUUACAUCUUGUUUUAUCUUGUAUGACGCAACUAUUACCGUUUAUACAAAAUUAUCAUGUCAUUCGCAUCAUUUCUAUCAUGACUCAUGAAUAUAUUAAAGUAUAUUUAGCAGUAUUAAAUAUUCCUUUUUAUUAGUAUCAUGACCUUUAUAUAAUACGUACAAAUCAAUAUAAUUAUUUAUUAUAGUACGCCUUGAAAUCAAAGUUUAUUUCUAUUAAUUUUAUAUUAUUAUUUUACUAUCUUACUUGUACUUUUUUUUCUUAUUCUUAUCGUUCACUUGGUUUAUUUGUUUAAAUCUAUAUUAAAGUACAUAUUAUUAGCAAGCUUAGAAAUCUAUUAUACGCUAGUAUUUAAUAACUAUGUACUGUACCUAAAUUGGUACAGUACAUAGUUUUCUAUUCUCAUUCUAUUCUAUUCUAUUCAGUAUUCUAUUCUCUUUCUUUAUAUACUUUUCAACUAACUCUUAAUUCAUUUUUAUUUUCUUAGUUUACCAUAUUACAUAGUUUAUAGCUUCUACCACUUGCUACUUUACUUCUAUACUUUUUCUUAGCAAUAUUUCUUCUUAACCAAAUUUUUCAUAGAUGUUCCUGUUUCGCCUUGUACACUUUUUGGCAUAUGAUAAGUGAUUGUGUGUGCUUUCUUAUAUUUAUUUAUAUAUAAUUUCUAUUACUUUUCUACUUAUUCUAUAUACAUAGCCAUGCACUUUACUUACUUACUACUUUCUGCUUAUUUUCCUAUAUUUUCAUUAUUGCAUUUGUCACAUUUUCAUUCAUUUAAAAGCAAAACUCAAAAACUAGUCUCGCCAUUUAUUAUCAUGUCUCUAACUAGAUAUUUAGUAGUGCUCUUAUUUUUUUAUUUUCCCUUGUUACUUUGCUUGCUACACUUUUACCUUCUGUUAUUUCUUAACUGUACAAUUUAUAUAAUUUUCUAUGAUCUAAAUACCGAACAAACACACAUUAUUCAUUGCAUUAUCAUCAUCAUUAUACUUUCAUAAAAUGAACAAUAAAUCUAUGUAGUCCUGAAUGAUAUAAUAGCAUUUUUCCGUUUUAAAAAUGUAUAUUAUAUAUCUUAAAUGUAUAUUGACUUGAUGUAUAUUCCCUUUAUGCUGAUACGCCAGAAAGAGAAGCAAGUUCCAAAAAUCUCUAUAUACUCGUAUCUUUAUCUACAUCUCUCAUUUCAUCUACUUUCAUGAUUAAUUUUUCUUCUGUUACUUAUAUUUCCUAUUAUAUGUAUUACUUAUAUUUCAUACUCCUAUUACUCACAUUUUGUAAUUUUAUACUUUUAACAUAUUCACAAAGAAUUUACAAUUCUAAUAUACAUUAUAUUUCUAUUUCUUACUUGCAUCAGUACUCCUACUUUUAAUUCUAUUUAUCAUUAUCUGCUUCUAUCCUACUCUAACUUACUUCUUCUCCCAAUUCUACAUACAUCUAUCUUCUUUAUACACUUUUACAUAUCUUCUUCUUCAUGUAAGUUUGUCAGUUUCGAGGACUUUAUAAUAAACUUCUCUUUUAAAUAUGACAGCGUGUAUCAACAUAUUGAAUCGUGUAUACAUUUACCAAUCUAUCUAACCUUUUCAUUCAUCAUUCAUCAUGUAGACACGUUUACAUUAUCACAACAUUAAUUUUCAUCCUUAAGCAUCUAUAUCGUUAUUUAAAAAUCUUUUCUCUGUUAUUAUUAUCAAAAUAUUUCUAUAAUUCUAUUAUUUAAUUUAUCUUUUAUACUUACUCAGCAUUUUUCAUUUUCUUGCUCUAUUUAUUAAAUACAUUAUAUUUUCUCUCUAUAUUUCUAUUUAUUUAAAUCUAUGAUAAAUAAACUUUCCUCUCUAUAUGCAUCUUCCAUUUUGCUUACUAUCUUUCAGUUAUUACUAUUUUCCCUUUCAUCUUUUUACUCUGUCUAUAUAAUGUAUCUAUUAUUUUUAUUUUAUUAUUUAUUUCUUUAUAAUAUUUAUUUUAUUCCAAUAUUUUGUUUUAAUAGUUUAUUUUUGGUCUUCAUUCUGUUUCUAUAUAAACUAAUCUAUAUUUUUCCUCAAUUCUUGCACUACAAAUUGUAUUUCUUUCUUGGUUGGUUGGAUUUCUAUCUUAGUAAAGUAUUUUCAUUUCUUUUUCCCCUUAUGAAAACUUAAAUUAGCUGUUCUUAUCUCUUUAUAUCCUUAAUUCUACUUUAUUUCUUUUUUCGUAAUCUUUACUAUACUUUAUCUUCAUACUCUAUCUAUAUAUCUUUUUCAUACAAAAUAGAGCAUCAUUAUAUUAUUAAUUUUCAACUUAAUUCUAUUUCUCUGUAUUCUAGUUUAUUUAAUAAUGACAUGAGCAAAAAUUUACAUUUUACGCUAAUUCAGUUAUUUUCAUUUUCUUACUCUAUCUCAUAUUAUAUUUACUUUCUACAUAUCUAUUUAUGUUUUUUUUUUAUUUCCUUUCAUCAAACCUUAACUUUAUCUUCACUAUUUGUAUCUUUCGCAAUUCUUAAAUUAAUUUUUACUCCUUCAUCUUUAUACUUCAUCUAAUUAUCUUAUCUUUAAUUUUAUAAUAACCUAUUAUUAGUAAUUAAAUUUAAUCACAUAUCUUAAUUCUAUUUCCGUAUAAUCAAGUUAUUAUAUUUCAUUAUUCGUUAUAAAAAAAUUUCCCCUUCAAACAAUAUAUCAGCUUUCCUUUCAAUUUGUAAAAUUUAUUUCACUUUAUAUUUUCUAUUAAUUCAUUUUUCCCUCAGCUUCUUCAUUCUCAUUCUUCAAACUAUUUUCUUACGUUUUAUCUUACUCUAUUCACUUUUAUAACUCGUUUCAUAAAUGCAAUAUACGAUAUAUCUGAUCGUGAUAAAUGUAAAUCUCUUUUCUGCAUCUUUCCACUUUCACAUUCUAAUAAUCUAACUCAUUUCAUCGUUCUUUCAACCGUCAUUCUUGCUUCUUCUCUUUCAUUCAUUCCAACUUAUACUGUUCUACUACUCUCAUUAUACUAUACUACAGUAUUACAGAAUUUCUUGGCUAUUUUUCCUUAUCAUUCUACUGAACCUAUUAAUUCAUUAAGCUGAUUUAAAGUAUAAGCAAAGAAAAUAAUUUUUGCCAUUCAAAUCGAUACAAGGUACUCGUACAUACAUUUGACACUUGAAAUUUGGAUACCAUGAGGCUUGAAGCAGGUAACAGCAGCAAAUUUGUAGAAAACAACUUGCCAGAUGUUAAAUGGAAAAUCGAUAUUAUAUCACAAAAAUUAUGUAUACGGAACUGGUUAUUAAACUUUAGACAUUACGAAAGGUGGAAUACGUGGUACGAAUUAUGAACGCUAACCUUGUUGCGCAGAAGUAUAAUUUGAUUCUUACAAAAUAGCGACUUUGCUUAGUUAGUAAUUAUGAUUUAAACCUGGAACGAUACGUAUUUGGCCCACCGAUUUAAUCUUAUAUAAUGCAAUAUAAAUGCUUUUUGUACUGUCCCCUUAAUUCUUUAUUUUUCUGCCUUUUAUUCUUCUGCUUGACUUCUUUCUAUAUCCUUACUAUAAAAUUCAUAUUUUCUUUUAUUUAUAUUUUUUCUACCAACUUUUCUUCUACAGGUCUAUUUUCACUCUAAAUGCAUAUACUAUGCAUAAAAAUUUCCUUUCUUCUACUAAUAAUUUCUUUUCUAUAUUUCUUAAGCUGUAUAGUUAUUUUUUCUGCAAAAUAGUAUUUGUUCUACCUCUAAACUAACUAUAUUUGUUUCUUUUAUUCUUUCUAUUCCUUUUUCCUUCUUGUUCUUAAAUCUCUCAUAUCUUAUCAACAAUAUUCUAUAUCUCUUGUUCUUUAAUCUUUCUAUUUCUGUAGACUUAUUCUAAAAUAUUAUUUUACCUAACUUAAACUUAUUAAAGUCUAUUAAACACUUUCUUAAGCCACUUACAUCUCUCUCUCUCUCUCUCUUUCUCCAAAAUAUAUUUCUUAUUUUUUUCUUAAAGUCAUGUUUCUUUUAUUUUCAUUUUUCUUCUACUCUAUUUCCUACAUUUACUUUCUCGACAUUACUAUAUCUAUAUAAUAUACUAUACUCUUUACAUACUUAUAAUUAUUUUUCUUCUAUGUUUUCAAUGGUCACCUAAUUUAUUUUCUUUAAAUUUUUUCUACUUAAUUCCUUCCUCUAAUUCUUUAUUUACACACUUUAUAAUCUGUCCUACAUCUUGACUAUUUAUUCUAUGCUUUUUUACUUUUAAUUCCUAAAAUCUAUUUUGUAACUACUUUUCAUUUUACAUAAUACUCUUUCUCUCUCUCUCUCUCUCUCUCUCUCUAUGCUUAUUAUUUGUUUGUGAGCUCUCAUUACUGUUUUUCUUUUCAUUACGCUUUAAUAAAUUUUCAAUUUACCUUAUUUUUCACCUCACUAUCAUCUGUUCACUUCUUAUCUAUCACAAAUCAUUAUCAUAUAUCAGCUACGUCUUUAUUUUCUUUCAAAUAUGAAAUGUUACUAAUUAUAUUAUUUCAAUCAUAUGUAUUUAAAUACAACUUAUAAAAAAAAUGUAUUUCUGUGACAUUUAUAUGAAAGACUGUUAACAUAUGUAAUUAAAAAUCCUACUUGGUGCGCUUUAGGGCUAAAUUAUUUGCACAGUAUUGUUGUUAUUGUUAAUUAAAUUGUUAUUAUUUUUUGUUAUGUUUUCUUUUAUUCCUAUCGAUAUACCGUUAUACAGUGAAGACAAUAAAAAACAAUAUACCACAGUUUUUCGUUUUUUUUUUUUUUAUUUCAUACAUUUAACAUAUAUAUUCUCAUACAAUGAUAUUUAAAAUAGAUUUCUUUGGUUUUAAUAACAGCUCAGAAUUACGACAUAAGUAGACAGUUUAUCCAAAAAGCCAACUGAUUAAUUGUUUAUUAAUUUUGUAUAAUUAUACACUCAAUUAUUUAUGUUAUUAAAAUAAAACAGUUGGUUUAUUAGAUUAACUA